AUGCCUAAAUCAACUGGGCCCCUGCUAGAUCAACUUACAGGCGCAUCGCAAGCAUCUUCCACAUCCGGCAUGACUGACAGCACAACGUCCGCCGCUGACAAGCUCGGCGCCAACAAGACCACGAAUGCCAUCCCUCAAGAGAACCCUAGCGUGAUCUCUUCUGCGGGAGUAAUCGGCAAGCAGUUCAAUCCCGACGGGGCCAUCGGUUCCAUCGGCCAGGCGAUUGGCGGCCCCUUUAGUAAGGACGGCGUCAUUGGUAGCCAGUUCGAUGCAAGCAAGGAUGGUAUUGCAGGACACGUAGAGCGUGCGGUUGAUGGGCCUAGCAACCCCGCAGGCAGUGGCAAGAAAGCAUAG